AUGUUGUCUCGCAUUGUGAGACCGAUUUCUAGAACUACUAACCUGUUACUAACUGCACAGCGGUCCGCCAUUUGCGCUGCGAGACCCGCACCUGAAAUUGCACACAAAUUAAAGAUAACCAUUAUACCUGGUGAUGGUGUUGGGCCGGAGCUCAUCUACACCGUUCAGGAUAUUGUGAAAAACACCGGAAUUCCUCUGGAUUUCGAAGAAAUAUUUCUUUCUGAGGUCCACUACACACGGUCCACAUCUAUUGAAAAUGCUGUGAAGUCGAUUUCUCGGAAUAACAAUGUUGCACUCAAAGGCGCAAUUCAGGAAUCCGCCGUACUUCAUACUGAAGGAGAACUUAGUGGACUCAACAUGCGACUUCGUAAGGCCCUCGACCUUUUCGCAAAUGUGGUACACAUCAAGUCGUUGGAUGGUAUCAAAACCCGACACGGGAAGAAGCUUGAUUUUGUUAUUGUUCGAGAACAAACUGAGGGAGAAUACUCUAGUUUAGAACACGAAUUAGUCCCAGGUGUAAUAGAGUGCCUAAAAAUUUCCACUUCUGAGAAGUGUGAACGUAUAGCUAAGUUCGCGUUCGACUAUGCAACUAAACACGGCAGGAAAAAGGUGACAGCCGUUCACAAAGCGAACAUAAUGAAGCUAGGAGAUGGAUUAUUUCUCAACACAUGUCAUGAGGUUGCCAAGAGAUAUCCCAAGAUCGAAUUUGAAUCGAUGAUUAUUGACAACACUUGCAUGCAACUUGUAUCAAAGCCGGAGCAGUUCGAUGUCAUGGUUAUGCCUAAUCUUUACGGCAAUAUAAUCGACAAUCUUGCGGCAGGUCUCGUGGGUGGCGCUGGUGUGGUCACUGGUCAGUCCGUUGGAAGUGACUAUGUGAUUUUCGAGCCUGGUAGUCGACACUCUUUCCAGGAGGCAUUGGGAAGGUCGAUUGCAAAUCCAACUGCAAUGAUUCUUUGCGCUGCGAACCUGUUAAAGCAUCUUCAUCUCGACGAGUAUGGUAAUGCUUUGCGAGACUCUGUAGAAAAAGUCAUUCGUGAGGGGAAAGUUCGCACAAGAGACAUGGGAGGGUAA